AUGCAACGAGCCUUUCCACAAGAAGGUCAGGGUUGGAGUCACAGAACCGCCGCAAUGGCCUACUUGCUGGGGGCGGGCGUGAAGGAACUGAGCGAACAAGAUGUGACGGAACUGACUCCGACGAUCCAAGCGGCCAUGGAUUACUUUGUGGACAAGGAAACCAAUGCUGUUAAAGAAAACAGCUGCGAAUGUCAAGACGAGAGUGAAUUCAGGGAAGCUCAUCGUAUCAUUGCCACGAAAUUAGGACUGCCAGGUGGUGACAAAAAGAGAAAGGCGGAGGAUUCAAAUCCAUAG